AGAGCUUAUUCUUUGAAAUCUCUUGUUGUUGCAAAAAUGUUGAGGACACAGCCAUUCUUUAUCGCCAUCCUCCUGAUUUUAUCGUUACAGCUUUUUACUUAUAUCUCUUAUGCGGAUGUUGGAACGGCUGCCUGGUAUACUCCCCCAUAUAUACCUACAACGUGUUAUGGAGACGACCAAACCCAGUUUCCAUCAAGCAAUUUGUUUGGAGCAGCCGGAGAUGGAAUAUGGGACAAUGGUGCAUCAUGUGGGAGACAAUACUUGGUAAGAUGCAUAAGCGCCACGGAGCCUAACACUUGUUUACUUGGCCUCACCAUCCAAAUCAAGAUUGUUGAAUAUGCUCUUCAAUCUGCCUCUACACCUUCUAGUUCUGGCACCACCAUUCUUUUAUCGCAGACGGCCUUUGCCGCCAUAACCAACUCCUCUUCCACCGCUAAUUCCAUCAAUAUAGAAUUCCAGCAGGUUUGAUGUUUCAUGGCAGUGAGCUUUAUUUUUGAAGAAAGACAUCCUCUUUAAUCACAGGUUCCAUUUUCUGUAACUUCUAUAGAUGAUUUAUUGUGUGGGUCAUAAUUAAUGGCGAGAAAGAAUAUCUGUAAUGUACUUUAGAUGAUUUGAAUAGCAUAAUUUGUGAUAUUUUAUUUCCACAAACCUUAUGAUUGGUUGGCUGUAAUUCUUUUCUUUUCAAAUCAAUGUCAAAUUGGAUUAACAAUCCAAACCAAA